UGCUGCAGCCAAUCACAGGAUUGUUUUUCUGUCACGUCGUUGCACGAAUAGUAGGCUAACGGAUAUUGCAAACACAAACUAACAAAAACAACGCGGGUUUGUUUCUAAAGACGGCACGGCACGGGAAGGUGUUUUAAUGUGGACCCAGUCUUUCUUGUUGGACUUAUAUUCGUGAAAAUGUGGAGCGAACAUCGAUGCGAGGACGCACGAAUUGGGUAACGUAAGCUAGUUAGCAUUAGCUUGCUAAUUCACCACAAGGCCGCUGAGAAAAACAACAAGCUUCCUGUUCUGAAGGAUGUAGGUUACUUUACGAUCCAAGUUAUUACACCACAGCUGUUACCCAAGGAGCAAGUUCAGUGGUGCACACGAUUUUAAUAUUAAGACUGUUUUUAGUUGCGCUUGCAGGCUAUCUAGCGUGUUAGCUCUUCGGCUCGCUGGUUAGCAUGAGUGAAGUGACUGAUUCCAAACAGUCCGCUGACUCUGCGUCCAGGAAACGCUGUUUGGAGCCCGAUGGAGGCAGCGAGGUGCUCAGCAAGCACCCCAGAGUCAGGGAGACAUCAGAGGAAGCGGGGGCCACUUCCGAAAGUUGCAAAAACAGUGAAGCAGAAGGGAAAGAAACAGCCAGGAAGGAGGACCAGUUAAAGGAGAGCGAGGGAAAAGCAGCUGCAGGUCUGCAGGGCUCAGAUGACCCCUGUGCACCACCUGUCAACAACUCCAAAACCAUCAGCCAAGAUGCAAGCAAUACAGACAAGCCACAGUCCUCAGAUGCACAAGGCUCUGCAGAAUCUAAGGAAAUCACACAGAAAACAGCAGGGGCAAAGCUGGGACCCUCAGCCUCUCUGGAUCAGACCGACUCCGCAGCCAUUGCAGCCGCUGAAGCUCUUGCCAGUCUCACAGGAGGAGACGGGGAAGACAGCCGAGAGACUCCUUGCUCCUCAGAAAAGGCUAAACAGGUGAAACCGGGGAGCAAGUUUAAACAGCGUGGGAGCCACCACCAGUCCUCGAAAACAGGCUCCAGAACGCAGGCAGCUGCUGCAGACAGCUCCACGUCUGUGCACAGCACCGACAGAGAGGAUGGAGACGAGAUGCCGGAAGCAGAUGAAGGAGACGAAUCCAUGUCUGGAUCCUCGUCCGAUCAGAGCUCUUCUUUCCCGUCAGACAAUGAGGACAAUGAGGAUGGGGAGUGUGCCAUCGUGUCGGUGAAGAUGGCCCCGGAGAUGAGGCAGUCGGUGGCCCUCCUGGCGCAGGUGCAGAUGAGACUGGAGGCUCUGGAGAAGAAGAACGCUCGGCUUCACCAACGACUGGAGCUGAAGAUUAGCCGUCAGCGGCGUCCACAUCUGGAUCAGCGCAGCUCCAUCACGAAGACCAUCCCCGGGUUCUGGGUCACAGCUCUGUUGAACCAUCCUCACCUCUCGGCUCACAUUGACGAGACCGAUGAAGACGCUCUCAGCUACAUGACGGACCUCGAGAUCGAGUCCUUUAAGAAUAACAAACUGGGCUACAGGAUCCGUUUCCACUUCAGACGGAACCCGUACUUCCAGAACAACAUCAUCAUGAAGGAGCUGCACCUCGGGAUGGGAGAUGUUUUAGGAUCUCCGAUGUCCUUUUCCAACCCGAUCCUGUGGCACCGCGGGCAGAACCUGACGGCCCACAGCGAGCCCAAGAAGUCGUCGCGCGGCGUCUACCAAACGUUCUUCAGCUGGUUCAGUGACCACACCACCCCCGGGUCGGACGACGUGGCACAGAUCCUGAAGGACGACCUGUUCAGAGACCCUCUGAGAUACUACCUCACACCACUGUGGGAACCCAGGGAGAACGGCAGUGGUGGCAGCAGCGGGGGCCGAGCGGCUGAUAACGGUAACGGAGAUGACUGUGUGGUGAUCUCCGACUCGGAUGAUGAGCCCGGGGAGGAAGCUGGGGAGGCAGAGCAAGGUCACAGGAAGGAGCAGGAAGAGGAAGAUGAAGAUGAGGAAGAAGAAGAGGAAGAGGAGGAAGGAGAGGAGGAGAGGGGGCGAAGUGGUGAUGAGAGUCCAGAGGAAGGAGAGGAAACAGGAGAAAUUGUGAUUGACGGCUCUGACGACAGCGAGCAGGAAGAGGAUGAGGAGGCCUGAAGAGGAAGAGCAACAGGAAGUCACUGACGACGAAGAGAACCAGAGCAAAGUCGUUUUUAUGCACAGAAUAUCUGUUUUCUGUUGUUUUUAUACCUAAAAGUACAUUUAAAAUCAGGGUUAACUGUAAUAAUGAAGCCACGGCAGCAUGGUGUCCCCUCUGUUUUAUACACUCGGUACUGUGUAGUGUUUCUUUUCUUGGUUUCUAAUCUUCUAUUUAAAGAGGAACAUCGUGCAGCAGCCUGCAGGACACAUCCGGAUUAACGGCAUUACAAUUUGUGAGUAAUAAUGCAAAAAAAAAAACCCACACCCCUUCAGUGGCAUUAUUCACAGUCCUUUUUAAGAAGCUAAAUUGAUAAUGAGAUGCACUGAACCAAAAUGAGCUCUCAGGGAUCACGGUGGUAGAUUUAUUGAACUUAACACACACGUACACUCCGGUUUCUGUUGGCUGUGUGUAGGAAAAGUGUGUAAGCUACUGUAGUUUUAAUAGGAACACGUUUUGUUUUAAUUCCUGUGUUUUUCCCUCUCCAUCAUUUCCUUCAUGUUUUAAAAUCUUGCGUAGUUUCGUGGAUUUGUUUCCCUUUUUAGAACUUCCUAUAACAGCUAAGAUAAGUUUCCAUGUGUUUUAAGGAUUUUUGUGUUACUUUCUUUAAAAGCGUUGGUAUUUAUUACAUUGUUUUUCUACAUUACGACAUGCAUGUGAGGCGUCACGACGACAUGACCCUCUUUCUCUCCGUGCACGGCCUCGGUUAACAUCCACAGCAGCGUUAAUCGAACUAGUAUUUGUAUUUGCUUACUUUUUCCUAGCAAUGACCUGUAAAUAAUAUCUCAGCACUGGUGUUUAAAAUUCAAAUCUGGAGGUUUUUUCAUGAACACGAUCAGAAAGUUAUAUUUUGUGUGCUGUGUUUUAUAGACACUGUAGUUUGAAGAUACCUGUUUGUUGCUUUGGUUCAUUUUUGCUUUGAAGAUAAAUGUCCACCUUUUGACUCAGACCUAAUAAAUAGGAGUUUGUUUCA